GGACACCAUAACCUAAGCAGUGAUCAAUCAAGUAUUUCAAGAGCCCUGAGCAUCACACACGUGUUUUUAAAAUUAUUAAACUAUAUUGUUAUUGAGUAAUCGUAUAUCUUUUUCAAGUGCUUCCAAGGAAUCGUCAUUUGUAAUCAAUAAUUAAUAUUGUUUUCAUGAAUAACUUCCUUGUUUCGUCGAAACCGACUGAAAUGUUCGUAAAAAAUAAAAUGUAACAAAACACAAUCAGCAAGUUUGCCUCGUAAAUCAUCUCGGUGGAUUGAUUGGUGGUGCAUCUCAGACGAUUUUAAUAAAAAUCACUCUGGUAUGUUGUGCCAAUCCUAAAUAACACGGUAUUUGGUCCAAUUCAUUCCUGAUAAUGGCUGAUGAAGUAGAGGCACUUCGCCUUAAUAAUGAAGAAAUUGAAUAUAUGGAAGCUGAACUUGAUGGCGAUGACGAUGAUGGUUCUGACGGAGUGGUAGUUCCAGAACUUCAGGGUACAUUAUCCAAGUGGACAAAUUACAUACAUGGGUGGCAGACAAGAUUUAUUGUUCUCAAGGAUGGUACUUUAUCUUAUUAUAAAUCCGAACAAGAUAGUGGAUUUGGUUGUCGAGGUUCGAUAAGUCUAUAUAAAGCUAAUAUCAAGGCACAUGAAUUUGAUGAAUGUAGAUUUGACGUGUCUGUUAAUGAUUGCUUAGUAUGGUAUUUGAGAGCAAGCAAUCCUGAAGAAAAACAGAGAUGGGUAGAUGUUUUAAAGUCAUAUAAGUCAGAAUCAGGCUAUGGAAGUGAAAAUAGUCUUAAACGUCAUGGUAGUGCCAUUUCCUUAGUGUCAAACACACAAUCUACUACAAGUGCUGGUAGUUUUACAAAGCGUGGUAUUAGAGGUUUAAAAGAAAAAUUAGCAGAAAUAGAAACAUUCAGAGACAUUCUAAUAAAGCAAAUUGAUACGUUACAAAAAUAUUUUGAUAAUUGUGCAGAAAAUGCUAAAAAUGCUUCCUCAAAAGAAAAUAAGAUUGAAAAAAAAUUUAAUCCGGCUGAACAGUCAGUGGAUUUUAAGGGUGAAGCAAUUACAUUUAAAGCAACAAGUGAAGGAGUCUUGGCGACAUUACAACACUGCAUUGAGUUAAUGAUACAGCGUGAAGAUGCAUGGCGUCGUAGAUGGGAAAAAGAAGUUGAAAAAAAGCGAAAAUUACAAGAAUUGUAUAAAACCUUAAAAGACCAAAUUACCAUGCAUCAAAGUGAUUCUCCAAGACCUCGAGUUCUCAUUCAUGGAGGUCCAGAUUAUGAGGAAGGCCCACAUAGCGCUCUUUGCGACGAAGAAUUUUAUGACGCGGUAGAAACUGGUUUAGAUAAGAUCGACGAGGAGAAUCAGUUAAGAGAUCGUUUGAAACAAAAAUCUGUUACCAUUUUAACUACGCCUACUACAUCAGCGGUAAAGCAUAGGCUUUGGCCUGAGAUAGAAAAAAUAACUAUGCAACAGCUGCACUAUGCUAGACUUGGUGUAGGAGGUGCAGGAGGAUGGCAAUUAUUUGCUGAAGAUGGUGAUAUGCGAAUGUAUAGACGCGAGGAGGAAGCUGACGGUUUGGUGGUGGAUCCUCUUAAAGCCUGUCAUGUUGUAAAAGGUGUAACCGGACAUGAGGUCUGCGAAAUAUUCUUUGGUCCUGAGUAUAGAAGCGAAUGGGAAGCUACGCUCGAAGAUAUGACCGUAAUAGAAAAUAUCUCCAAGGAUACUUUGGUAUUUCUGCAGACACAUAAACGAAUUUGGCCUGCAAGCCAACGGGAUGCACUUUUCUGGUCCCAUAUACGUAGAGUAACGGAUGAUCAAGAUCCAGAUGCACAUGAUUUAUGGAUAGUAUGCAACCACAGUACAGAAUAUUCCGAUUAUCCGUCAAAUGUUGGCAAAUGUGUGAGAGUUUAUUUAACAGUAUGUCUUGUAUGUCAAACAUUCAUUGAUCCUCCAAAAGAUGAAGAAGAAAUAAAACGGGAAAAUAUAACUUGCAAAAUAACAUACUGUUCUGUUGUAAAUCCUGGUGGAUGGGCACCAGCAUCUGUCCUACGUGCAGUUUAUAAGAGGGAGUAUCCAAAGUUCCUUAAACGUUUCACCAAUUUUUGUAUUGAACAAUGCAAAAAUAAGCCAAUUACAUUCUGAAUGUGAUUUAUAGGAUUUAAAAUUUUCUAUACAACUCCAUCUUUACACUUCAUUCAAGUGUCUUGAUAAGGUACCGUAUGAAAUCUGCAAAUGUGUAAUUGCAGGUAUUUGUGAAGCACUUUUGGAUUAUUAUAAAGUGUUUUGUAUACUAUUUUUUUUAUUUGCUUAAUAUAAUGUAUCUAUAUACAGCUUAAGAAAAAAAAAAUGAAGCUAUCAUAUUAUCCCAUCAAUAAUUUCCAGAAGUGUACAAAAAUGGUUACACUUAAAAAAUCUACUGUAAUAACGCGCAGUAUAUAGUAUAAUACACCAUUCAAAACUAAACUUUGUCUUCACACAAUAGCAUAAUUGCUUGUUGUCUCAUUGUUAUACAGAAUGAUAUUGAAGUCAAGUUGUACAAAUUUAAACAAAAUUAAAUACAUAUACGUUUAUCUACUGUUAUGUCGUACCCGUAUGAAUGCAAAAUUGUAUAAUACAAAUUAAAUUGUUAUUUUUAUUUAUACAUAAAGGUGUACAUAGAUACACAAUAUAAAGGUCCCAUAUAUGGCGUAACAUAAUAAAGACUGUUGUAGACUAAUCUUAAUUUGGUAUUAUUUUACGUUGCCAUUGUAUUAAAAGCUAUGUAUAAAGAAGUUAAAAAUCAA